UGCAACUUGUUUGUAAAAAUUAAAUUAUAAAAUUUAUCUUUUAGUCUUUAAACGUUAUUAAUUUGUUUGAUAUUUUCGAAAUGAUGCUAUUCUACUUACUGGUCGUGUGCCUAGUACAAGUUGUGUAUUGUACACACGCAGAUUCCCAAGACUUUGUAUACUUAACAAGAGGCUUUUUCAAUGCUGCCAAUGGACUGCAGCCGUCGUGUGAAAGCGAUGUAUACUGUAAUAGUGAUUUGUUGAAUGACGUCCAAUUAUCUGGAAUUUAUAUGGAUUCAAAAACAUUUGUAGACAAAAAACUGAAAUACACAGAAUCAGAAAUUAUAGAAAAAUAUAAAAAAUUGAAAUAUAAUAACAAUGGAAAGGUGCCUUCUAACUCUUCAUUAUUGAAAUUCAUUGACGAGAAUUUAGAAGAUGGAGACGAGUUAGAAGAAUGGGUACCACCUGAUUUUAAUGAAAAUCCUUCGAUCAUAAAUCGAAUCAGAGACCAGAAUUACAAAGGUUGGGCUGCAGGAUUAAAUCAUGUUUGGAAAACUUUAGCAAGAAAAGUCAAAGAAGACGUAAGAAUCAAUCCGGAUAAGUACUCGUUGAUAUGGGUUCCAAAUGGAUUUAUCAUACCCGGUGGCAGAUUUAGAGAACUUUACUAUUGGGACACUUACUGGAUAGUUAAUGGACUACUGCUGUGCGACAUGAAGUACACGGCUCGAGGUGUCAUGGAUAAUAUCAUAUCAAUGGUGGAAAAAAUUGGUUUUAUGCCCAAUGGUGGACGAGUGUACUAUCUAAAUAGGUCGCAGCCACCGAUGCUUCCACUGAUGGUAUUAAGUUACUAUAAAGCGACCAAUGACUUUGAUUACAUAAAACAAAAAAUUUCCGUCUUGGAAAGUGAAUUUCAAUUUUGGAUGGAAAACCGAAUGAUAACUUUCCAGAAAAACGGUAAAUCGUACACAAUGGCUAGAUUCUAUGCACCGUCACAAGGACCGAGGCCAGAAUCCUAUAGAGAGGACUACGAAAUAGCUGAGCAGUAUGAAACCAAAGAACAAAAAGACGACUUUUAUGUGAGGAUCAAGUCUGGAGCGGAAACCGGAUGGGACUUUUCGAGUAGAUGGUUUAUACCUAAAAACCAAGAGCAACGCGGUCAAUUGCCCGAUAUCCAAACUGGGAGUAUUAUCCCAGUGGAUUUAAACUCCAUACUUCAAGUAAAUGCACUUAUGAUAGGUACGUGGUUCGACCAGAUGGGAAACAAGAGCAAAGCUGAUAAGUAUUACAGGAUAGCAGACGAUUUUCUUAACGCUAUACAAGAAGUCAUGUGGAGACCUGACAAAGGAUCCUGGUUCGACUGGGACAUAAUCAACAACAAACAUCGCGAAUACUUUUUUGUAUCAAAUAUUGUGCCUCUGUGGACAGGAAGCUACAAUAUGUCAAAAAAGGCAGUAGCUAGUUCUGUAUUGGGAUAUUUAAAGGAUGAACAUAUCAUUGAACCUGAUUACAGCGUCAGUUUUAACGGGACUCCUACGUCAAUGUAUGCAUCGUCACAACAAUGGGACUUUCCAAACGCAUGGCCUCCUCUUCAAGCAUUCAUGAUUCAAGGUCUUGAUAGAACACAUCAAAAACUCGCUCAACAAGUCGCGUAUAAUAUGGCAGAGGUUUGGUUACGUUCGAAUUACAAAGGAUACGCUGAAAAAUCAAUGAUGUUUGAAAAAUACGAUGUCUUAGCCGCAGGAGAAACUGGAGGUGGUGGUGAAUACACUCCACAGACAGGAUUUGGGUGGACAAAUGGUGUUGUGUUUGAAUUCUUAAACAGAUGGGGUGAUUCAGUUUCGUAUACAUCUAAUAGUGGAUGUAGUGGCAAUAAAUACAUGUGCGAUUUCAAUAGGAUCAAACAAUAUUUAGCAUUUUGGAAUUAAGAAAAUAUGGAUAAUCACAUCAGUCCCUCGCGCACCGGAACAUGGAUAUAAUUAAAUCAACCGUACCUCAAACAACUCUAACACGUUGACAAGUGCAAAGAGAAAAAAAUCAGUAUUAAUUAAUUUAUUUAUA